AUGGACAGUUCUGCAACUAAGCCCAAGCACGAAAGAGCUACGCACGAGCAGCUGGAGGCAUAUAUGUUGUUUUGCCAAGCACCCCCAGAAAUUAGUACGGGGAAAAAUUGCCCAAAAACGCCUCAACGGAUGAAGGAGUUGUGGCAACAGCUGGCAGAGCAACUUAAUUCGUGCAGAGGACCAAUACGAAGUGCUGCAAAAUGGAAAGAGACGUUAGGCGUUUGGAAAAGCCAACUGCGCACUCGAGCAAGGCGGUUGAAAAUGACUCAAAGGCUCACAGGUGGAGGUCAAAGGUUCCAAGCCGAUGACUUCGAAGAAAUGGCUUUGUCUACAUUUGGCUCGGCCGCUGUUGAUGGGAUGCAAAAUGUACAAAGCCUAGGUUUAACGCCAAUUGAGCAAACGGAUGAAUGCCCAAUUUCAUCACCCACGGGUAGUCCUCAACAAUUAUGCAGUAAGGUAGAUGCAAGCCCAAAUCCCGAACACCAUACAGCAAGUCCAUCGACACCAUCUACGUAUCUUAGCUUAGAAAACCAGGAUGCUUCAACUUUGGUGCUAUCACGAAGUGCACGAAAUAAGCUUAUCAGCGCUUUGAUAGCUGAUAUACCAAAAAGGAAUGCUGCUGAGGAAGAGAGGCGACGCACACAUCGUGAAAUGAUGCAGGCCAUUCAAGGCCUAACUAGUUCUAUAACAGAACUUAUAAAAUCGUUUAAUAGUAAUAAAAAAUAA